AUGGACGUGGUGUCGUACCUUGCACAGCUCGACGCCGAGGCCAGUGCCGAGGCGGGGGCUGGGAGCGCAAGCAGCGGUGGCUACCAAGUCCCUCCUGUCCUGGCCGGGCUGGAGAUGGUGGAACACGGCGGGCCGACGGGCGGGGCGGGGCUGGUGGUGGUGGACGGCCUGUGCGGCGGGGCGGGCAAGGCAUGGGCGACCUCGACGGUAGACACCCCGCUGGGUGUGCCAGACAUGGACGUGGUGGUGGGAAACGGGAUGAGCAAGCACUACACGCUGCUGCAGGGCGCGGCAGGCGCAGGCGCCCCGCACACUUCGCUCGACUACCAGCUGGCGCUCUCGUCGCUGCUCGACGCACCGACCUCGGGCCCGAGCACCCGGAUUGAGCCGCUCUUUGCCGUGGUACCCGAUGGAGCGAGUGUGCCGGUUGUGACCGGGUACGCCGAGGCGAGCGCCGAUGCUGCGCAGGAGACCGCGGCCAACUCGGGCUCACUGCUCCGGGCGCCGUCGGCGGCGGGCUCGUUUGUGCGCGGCUCGGCGUCGCAACGGCCGUUUGCGCCUGGCGCCGGGACCAAAGCGGUGCUUCCGGUCGGGGCGCGGAGUAGUGGAGCGGGAUCGCUCGGCCUGGCGGCGUUUGUCGGUGACGACGUCGACGCCGACGCGGUGCUCGAGGGCAGUGCGUCGACCAAGGUGGAGGACGGGAAGAGCUCGGGCGGCAACCGUGUGGCGUCGGGCUGGGCGGUGGAGGCCGACGAGGGCGAUGGCUUUACGCGGGUGGUGGAUGAGCAGAGUGCGGCCGAGUGGGCGGUGCUGGACGAGUCGAACACGUCCGAGUUCCACAGCGUGGUGCCAGACAUGGCGAUGAAGUACCCGUUCGAGCUGGAUCCGUUCCAGAAGCGCGCGGUUAUGCAUUUGGAGCGCGGCGAGAACGUGUUUGUGGCAGCGCACACUUCGGCUGGCAAGACGGUGGUUGCCGAGUACGCCAUCUCGCUCUCACAGAAGCACAUGACGCGGGCGAUCUACACUUCGCCAAUCAAGGCGCUGUCGAACCAAAAGUUCCGCGACUUUUCCGAGACCUUUGACGACGUCGGUCUACUCACCGGCGAUGUGCAGAUCCAUCCCGAGGCGACGUGCCUGAUCAUGACGACGGAGAUUUUGCGGUCAAUGCUGUACAAGGGUGCGGACCUCAUUCGCGACGUCGAGUGGGUCAUUUUCGACGAGGUCCACUACGUCAACGACCUCGAGCGCGGAGUGGUGUGGGAAGAGGUCAUCAUCAUGCUCCCAGACCAUGUUGGGCUCAUCAUGCUCUCGGCCACGGUGGCCAACACCUUUGAGUUUGCAGACUGGAUCGGGCGGACCAAGAAGCGGCCAGUGUACGUGGUGUCGACCGACAAGCGGCCAGUCCCGCUCGCACACUUUGCCUUUGUCCGCGACGAGCUCUUCCCGCUUGUCGACGCUGGGCGCAACUUUAACGACGCAGGCUACUCGGCGGCGCUGCGCAAGUUCCAUCGGGCCGAGGCUGAGGAUGGCGGCGGAUCGAGCUCGGGCGGGUCGCGGCGGGGCGGACAACCGCAGUGGCGGCUCAAGGCCAAGGCCGCGCGCGAGCAGUGGAACAACAUGGUGCGCUUCCUGGCAGCCGAGGGCCUGCUCCCGUGCGUGGUGUUUUCAUUCUCGAAGAAGGUGUGCGAGCAGGUGGCCGGCGGCCUCGCCAACAUCUCGCUCGUCUCGUCGACCGAGGCCUCGGCCAUCCACCGGUUCAUCGAGGAGUGUCUGCUGCGGCUCGAGCCUGCCGACCGCGAGCUGCCGCAGGUCCUGCGGACCCGCGAGUUGCUCAAGCGCGGUAUCGGCGUCCACCACGGCGGCAUGCUGCCGAUUGUCAAGGAGAUGGUGGAGAUGCUCUUUGGCCGCGGGCUGUGCAAGAUCCUGUUUGCCACCGAGACCUUUGCCAUGGGCGUCAACAUGCCGGCCAAGUGCGUGGUGUUCAACCAGCUCCGCAAGCACGACGGGACGCAGUUCCGCGGCCUGCUUCCGGGCGAGUAUACGCAGAUGGCUGGACGGGCCGGGCGGCGCGGGCUCGACACUGUCGGCACAGUCAUCAUCAAUGCUGCCAAGUCGCUGCCGGAAGCCUCUGAGCUCAUCCACAUGAUUCUGGGCAAGCCGUACGCGCUCGAGUCGCAGUUCCGGCUCACCUACAACAUGAUCCUCAACCUGCUGCGGGUCGAGGAUCUCAAGGUCGAAGACAUGAUCAAGCGCUCGUUCUCCGAGGCUGACAACGCGUCGGCGCGGCCCGAGCUGGUGGCCAAGCUCCAGUCGCAGCUUGCCGAGCUCGAAGCGCUCGAGCCGAUCGCCUGCCUCCUUGACGGCACGGCGCCGGCUAUCGAAGAGUACCACCUGCUUGCGGCCGAGGGCCGCGACCUCGGCUCCUACCUCAACGCGACGGUGCUCGGCUCGCGGGCGUCGCGCUCGCUGCUGACUUGCGGACGGGUGGUGGUUCUUGACUCGCCGUACGGGCCAACGCUCGGAGUGGUCCUGCGGUUCUUUGUUGAUGUGGCGGGAGCCGCGGCUGCGGGCGCGCCGAGGGCGUCGGCCUCGCUAGCAUCGUUCCUCGGCGGCAUCGACCUCGGCGCCAGCGGCUCGGCCGCGACCUCGGUGGUCCAUGCCCUCGUCCUCGACUACGCCGAAGAGUGCAAUGCGCCCGAGGUGGUCAUCCAUCCGUGGGCCGGGCUCUGGCUCCCGCCGCGGAGCGGGUUUGUCGGCUCGGUCGUCUCGAUCAAGGCGUCCAAGAUCCGCGGUGUGACCCACGACGUGCUCGACGGCAUGUCGCCGCGCAAGCUUCUUGACGAGCGCGACGCCGAUGCGGUGGCGGACGCCGCCGUACUGCUGUACAACCACGCGGCACAGGUGGCCGCGACGACGGCUGGCGGCGAGACGCCGGCACGGCUCGACAUUGUCACACCCUCGACGCUGAGCAGCAGCGGCUCGCUGGGCGACAUCGACGUGGCGGAGAAAGAGUCGGCAUACAGCCGGGUUGUCGCCGCGCUCUCGGCGUCCAAGUGCCACACCUGCCCGCAUCUCUGCUCACAGUUUGAGCGGGCGGCGCACGAGCACAAGCUCAAGAAGUCCGCCAAUGCGCUCGCCAACAGCCUCUCAGACGACUCGCUCAUGCUCAUGCCCGACUACCAGCAGCGGGUUGCUGUCCUGCAAAUGCUGCAGUACGUGUCGGACGACGAGACAGUCCUGCUCAAGGGCCGGGUGGCGUGCGAGAUCAACGCGUGCGACGAGCUCAUUGUGGCCGAGCUCAUCUUUGACAACAUGCUCACCGGGCUCGAUCCAGCGCACAUUGUGGCGCUCCUCUCGGUCCUGCUUUUCCAAGGCAAGACCGACGUCGAGCCGGUUCUGCCAGAAGUGCUGAAGGAGGCUAAGGAGUCCCUCGUCGAGCUCACGACAAGGCUCGGCUUGCUGCAGGCCGAACUGGGUCUCGACCUCGAUCCGGCGGCGUACGUUGCCAACUCGCUCAACUUUGGCCUCAUGGAGGUUGUCUACCAGUGGGCGCUCGGCAAGCCGUUUGUCGAGAUCUGUGCGCUCACCGACGUGCUCGAGGGCUCGAUUGUCCGCUGCAUCGUGCGGCUCGAUGACGCCUGCCGUGAAGUCCGCAACGCUGCGCGGGUCAUCGGCAACGCCGAGCUCUUUGCCAAGAUGGAGGACGCGUCGCUGCGAAUCAAGCGCGACAUUGCCUUUGCGCCGUCGCUCUAUCUGGCGCCGUAG